AUGGUUAACGUAAGACUGGCUGGGAUGUGUGUACUUGGAUUUGCCAAUGGUUUGGGAAUGAUUAAUGUGGCGAAGCUGUUAGGAUAUUAUAGUGAAUCUGCUGGAGUGUAUCAGAGUGGAGUUAAUUCUGCGACAGCUGCGGCCUCCAUUUUAUACACAGGUUUGACAACGUGGUUAUGCGUAUCACCUCGCAAUGCUAUUGCCAUUUUGACCCCUCUUUCUCUGUUCCCACUCUUGAUGUAUGCGUUUCUUGAUAAAGAGCCACUAAAAUCCUGCAAKAACUYUACAAAGGACAUMRCGUAUCAACCUUUGGACGACAAAGAGAAUAAUGACCUAAAAUCAGUCACUCAGUCUGGAAAAACAAAGUGUAAAAUAUGUGCAAUUCGAUGUCAACUCAAGUUCCUAUUCAAUGUGUUUCGUGUUUGUUACUCCCGAGGCCUGGUGAAUUUUUUAAUGAUGAUAACUCUUGCUGCCAUUCUUUCUACUGUCACAUUUAAAUCCUCUCCCUUCCCCCCUCGGGAUCACUAUCAGUAUUACCGAUUCAUAAGUGAUCUUGGUUUAAUGCUCGGAGGGAUGGAAUUAUCUCUUGUGUCUUUCUUUUGCCCUCUUUUCCUGGACACCAUUAAGAUUCGUCGUAUCUGGRUCUUACUUCUGUUGGUUGUUGGUCAUGUGAUAGUGUUUCUGUCAGUUUCCUGGUUUCACUACACAGACAACGUCUACAUCAUUUUCAUCUUGUGUUUCACCCAGGGAGUAGUGGCUGGUUGCGCAAACGUCCACAUCUAUGCUUUGGCAGCCGAMCUCUUCCUCGAUUCCAGGAAACUUGGAAARGUUCUCGGGUAUAUAGAAGUGAAUAUAUCAGUCGGCAGACUAUCAGCAGGGCUGUUGGGUAUAUUCGUGGAGAAAGUGCUAAGAGAUCACUGCGAACAUCGAUUGUUGUUGGGUCGAUUCUGUUUAGCGAGACUUUCUUCGCCUGGAAUGUGGAGUACGUCAAACUGUACCAAUUAUUGAUCAGCAGACAAAGUCCAAUCCACCGAUGCGUAUUCAAGAUUUUAAGCUCAUUUGUAGACUUCCAUGUGCUGUCAUUAAUAGAGAGAUUGCACUUAAACCGUGCAACUAUACAAACUAAAUAGUGCUAAUUAGUUGUAUUUAGUAAAUCGUGCAUGCG